CUUGGGAAGUCGUAAACAAAGUUGGAGGGAUAUAUACAGUGAUAAAAUCCAAAGCUCCGGUGACAGUUCACGAAUAUGGCGACAGGUACACACUUAUUGGUCCAUUAUUGGAUAAAGCAGUUGCAGCAGAAGUCGAAAUAGAAGAAGUUACCAAUCCUCACUUUAAAGAAACUCUUGCCGAGAUGUCAAAACAAGGAAUAAGAUGGACCUAUGGUAGAUGGUUGAUUGAGGGCAAUCCUCAUGUAUUAUUAUUUGAUAUAAAUUCAAUAUCUGCUAAACUUGAUGAAUGGAAAGCUGAUUUAUGGAAUGCUACCGGGAUUCCUUCGCCACCAAAUGAUCAAGAAACAAAUGAUGCCGUAUUAUUUGGUUAUUUGGUAGCUUGGUUCUUAGGCGAUUUUGUCGCCCGCGAAAGAAGCAAAUCAGUUAUUGCACAUUUUCAUGAAUGGUUAUCUGGUAUUGCCAUUCCAUUGAUGCGUAAACGUAGAACAGACUUGGCAACAGUAUUCACAACGCAUGCAACAUUAUUGGGUAGAUAUUUAUGUGCUGGUGAAGUUGAUUUCUAUAAUAAUAUACAAAAUUUCUCGGUGGAUAAAGAGGCUGGAAAGCGUGGAAUUUAUCAUCGUUAUUGCAUUGAACGUGCUGCAACUCAUUGUGCUGACGUAUUUACGACUGUCAGUCAAAUUACUUCUUACGAAGCUGAACAUUUAUUAAAACGAAAACCAGAAAAAAUUCAUAAAUUCGUCAGAGGUCAUUUUUAUGGACAUUAUGAUUUUGAUUUAGACAAUACUUUAUAUUUCUUUACUGCAGGGCGCUAUGAAUAUAGAAAUAAAGGUGUUGACAUGUUUAUUGAAUCAUUAGCACGUCUUAAUCAAAAACUAAAAGCAUGUAAUUCUUCAACGACUGUUGUUGCUUUUGUUAUCAUGCCAGCUGCAACAACUUCUUUUGCUGUUGAAGCUUUAAAAGGUCAGGCUGUCAUUAAACAAUUACAAGAAACUGUAAAUGAUAUUACUGAUAAAAUUGGCCAAAGAAUAUUUGAGAAAGCUGCAAGAUAUGCUGGUGGUGAUAUUAACGAUGCAGUUAUUGAUCCUACGGAAUUAUUAACUACUGAAGACAAAGUAUUAUUAAAACGUCGUGUUAUAGCGCUCAGACGUAGCACUCUUCCACCUAUAGUAACACAUAAUAUGGCUGAUGAUGGCGCAGACCCAAUCUUAAUGCAAUUACGCCGUCUAGAACUGUUUAAUAAUAAAGACGAUCGCGUAAAAAUCAUAUUUCAUCCCGAAUUCCUGAAUUCAAGUAGUCCAUUGAUUGGAUUAGACUAUGAAGAUUUUGUACGCGGAUGUCAUUUAGGUGUGUUUCCAAGUUAUUAUGAGCCAUGGGGUUACACUCCGGCAGAAUGCACUGUUAUGGGACUACCAUCCAUAACAACAAAUUUAUCUGGUUUUGGAUGUUUUAUGGAUGACAUAUUGGAAAAUUCGUCAGAUUAUGGUAUUUAUAUUGUUGACAGGAGAAUGAAAUCCGUCGAAGAAUCUAUUCAACAACUCGCCAAUUACAUGUUACAGUUUUCUCAGAAAACAAGGCGUCAACGUAUAAACCAACGUAAUCGAACGGAAAGAUUAUCGGAUUUGUUGGAUUGGAAGUUGAUGGGUAUGGAUUAUGUCAGAGCGAGAAAAUUGGCGUUACAUAGAGUAUACCCUGAUUCGUUUGUCGAUGCUGAAAUUAAUAAUUUGGAACAAUAUAAAUUCAAAGUAUCAAGACCUUUAUCUGCACCUGGAUCUCCUAGAAUCCGUGGAGUUAAUGAUAUUGACCUAACUAAAGACACCGACCCAACCAAAGAUCCUGAUCCAACCAAAGAUGAUCCGCCACCACCGGAUGAUGAGGAAGAAUGA